CGGAAAUCCGUCAUCCUUCUACCAAUCUGCCUUGCAAUGGAUCAACGAAAGGAGGAAGUAACGCGGCGGCCAUUACUAACUUGGGCAGUGUAUGAUCUUCCCGCAGACAUCUUAACGACUUUGACGCGAAAACACGACACUGAGGAAGGCCCCCAUGACGAUAUUGCAACUCAUUCUAGCACAAAGGACCCAGUUCCAGAGUCAAGAACAGAAAGCGCUGUUGGAUCCAAGUCAUGCUCUCUCUGCGGGGUGACUUUUCACACUGUGGAGGACCAAAGGAGUCAUAUUAGGUCUGACUUACAUGGCUACAACCUGAAGCAGAGGAUCAGAGGGGCGAAACCAGUGUCAGAAGGAGAUUUUGAGAAGUUGGUUGGAGAUCUUGAUGAGAGCCUGUCGGGUUCUGACUCAUCGGAUUUUGAAGACGACGACGAAGGCGAUGGACGGAAAGAAACAACUCUGAGCGCAUUAUUGAAGAAACAGGCGGCUAUUUCUUCUGCGAAUGACGGAGAUGCGGAAGAUUUUGUACCAAGGAAACAAAAACGUGGAUCAGGAAAACCUCCCUUAUUUUGGUUUACGACUCCGUCACUGCCCUCGAGCACAUAUCUUGGCAUAUACCGAUCCAUCUUCACGAAUUUAGAGCAGGAGAAUGAGGCAAAAGUCGUUGAUAUUAUCAAGAACAAGCAAUUAGCUCCGAAGCCACAGGCGAAAGUGCCUGUCGACUCGAAUAAUGCAGUACCACUCCCGGAAGCGUAUAAAGGACCUCAUAUGUUCCUAUGCAUGAUUGGUGGCGGACAUUUUGCUGCCAUGGUUGUCUCUUUAACACCGAAGCAGACGAAGUCAGCUCAGACAGGCCCUUUGACUCGUGAGGCGACAGUGCUUGUCCACAAGACGUUCCAUCGAUACACAACUCGUCGAAAACAAGGUGGUGCACAAUCUGCGAACGAUGCCGCAAAGGGGGCUGCCCACUCUGCAGGAUCCAGUCUCAGAAGAUACAAUGAGCAAGCCCUUACUGACGAGGUCCGAUUACUUCUCCAGGACUGGAAGGGAAUGAUUGAUGCCUCGGAAUUGAUAUUCAUACGAGCGACGGGAAGCACAAAUAGAAGAACGCUGUUCGGCCCCUAUGAUGGUCAGGUUCUACGGCAAAAUGAUCCAAGAAUUCGAGGAUUCCCAUUCAGUACCCGUCGUGCGACUCAAAAUGAGCUCAUGCGAUCCUUCGUUGAGCUCACACGAGUCAAGGUUCUGGAAAUAGAUGAAGCUGCCAUUUCUGCAGCAAAAUUAGCUGCCGAGGGGGCUGCAAAACAGGCAACUGUUGCGAAAGCAUCGAAACAGCCUGCUCCUGCAACUGCCAAGCGAUCAGAAGAGGAAGAGACAGCCCUUCUUCACACGACACAAAUCCAAGCCUUGAUCCGGCGGUCUAAGCUCCCAGCCCUACUUUCGUACCUCGACAACAAUAAUCUCCCUCCGGAUUUUCUAUUUCAACCUCAAGACUCCCAGCAAAACUUUCAUGCACCUACACCUCUCCAUCUAGCAUCCAGCCAAAACUCCGCACCCCUCGUAUCCGGUCUUCUCAUCAAAGGCGGCGCAAAUCCGACUCUCCCAAACGGUGACAGUAAGACGGCUUUCGACCUCGCCGGUGAUCGCUCAACACGAGACGCAUUCCGAGUCGCAAGGUCAGAACUAGGAGGAAGCAAAUGGGACUGGGAAGCCGCCCGUAUCCCCGCCGCUCUCUCGCGCGCUGAAGCGGAGCAAAGAGAGGCAAGGGAGAAGAAGGAAGAGGCGAAGAGGGAAGAAGAAAGGAGGAAGGCAGAAGUAGCUCGAUUAGCAGAGCAAGGCCCAAAAGUCGUUGAUGGACCUCUUGGAAAAGCGGCGGGUAGAGGGCGAGCGUUGGCUUUAGGGCAGGUGCAGAAGAGUGCUCAGGAGAAGCGAGAGGAGGAAGCGAGAGGAAUGACGCCCGAGAUGAGGACGAGGCUUGAGAGGGAACGGAGAGCUAGGGCUGCGGAAGCUAGGAUGAGAGCUAUGCAGGGUGGUGGUACGUAGAUAUUCCCAUCUGAAUAUGAACCCUGAGAUUCUGUCGGCGAUUAAUCUAUGCCCAAUCAUCUCCCCUACCUUCAUGUACCACAUCCAUUAUCCAUCAAACCUUCUUCAUCGGCGCCCCCGAAAGUUCGCGGAUCCGUAACUGAAUUCUUGGUCGCCAGCCCGCAUUAGUAUUUAUC